AGAGAGAGAUAGAAAGAGAGAAAGAGAGAGGAUAGAGAGAGAGAAGGAGGAGAGAGAGGUGGAGAGAGAGGGAGAGAGAGAGAAGAGAGAGAGCGGAAUUGAGGGAGGAGAGAGAGAGAGAGAGAGAGAGAGAGAGAGAGAGAGAGAGAGAGAGAGAGAGAGAGAGAGCGGUAUAGUGAGAGGGAGAGGAAGUUAAUAGCCUGUGUGUGUGUGUGUGUGUGUGUGUGUGUGUGUGUGUGUGUGUGUGUGUGUGUGUGUGUGUGUGUGUGUGUGUGUGUGUGUGUGUGUGUGUGUGAUGAUAAGGAUUGUAUAGUUGCGUCGGGCUGCAAAACAACAAUGAAGACUAAAGUCCUCUCAGGCCUCUAUCUCCUCACCACACUACUGCUGCUGGACUACACCACACCAGUGACAUCACUGGAGGUUCUGACAGAGCUGGGUGUGUCGGUGGACCUGCCGUGUUCUGUGGUUCUGCCUGAUCCGGACCCGCGCCUGUUGGAGGUCUCAUGGCUGAGGAACCGAACCCUCGUGGCCACCAGCAUACCGGGGGGCAAGACGGAACCAGGAUACUUCCUGAAUAUGACCCACAGUCUAAACGGGUCGUUUCCCCUGACGGUCCGCAAUGCCAGUCUUGCCCAGCGGGGGGAGUAUGAGUGCAGCGUCCUCUACAACAGCACACUGCUCAACACCUCCACCAUCACCCUGCUGAUCAAGGUUCCCCCUGUUCUCUCCGUCUUGUCCUCCACUGUGGUCCUGGGUCGUGAGAGCGUUCUGCAGUGCGAGGCGACAGGCUUCUUCCCGCCUCAGAUCUCCUUCCUGUGGACGGCGCGGGGACAGGAAGGAACGCUGGCGGCUCCCGUUCCCGUGGUGACGCCCCUCACCCCUGGGGGGUCGCUCUCGCUCUACCGGGCCGUCAGCGGCCUCCCCCUCACCGUCUCGCCCCCCGCCAACCCCAACCUCACCUUCGACUGCGAGGUCAUGCACAUGGCCCUUAAGAAGAGGCUCCGCAGGCAGCUCAAGCCCACUUACAUAUAUCUUCCCGAGGUGUCGGUCUCCACGGUAGCGACCUCUCAGCAUUCCAGCCCGCUGACCCUCAGCUGUGACAUCAACGGGUUCUCCCCUCAGAACCUCACGGUGUCCUGGGUCCAGAACGGCUCGGUUCUGCCGGAGCCGCCGCCUGUGGAGCUGAACCUGGACGGCACCUUCCGGACCCAGCGGUUCUACACGCUGUCGGAGGAGCAGCGGGAGCAGGCCGGCCAGGUCCAGUGUGUGGUCAACCAGCCGCACAUCGCAGAACCCGUCUACGGAACCAUCAACCUCACAGAAGCGGACCCUCUGGUGCAGGAGGUGAUCCUGACCAAGUCUGCGAAGGCCUCGGUGGCCAUGAUGAUCAUCUCCCUCACACUCGUCUUCCUGCUCUGCUUUGGGUUCUCCUGGAGGAGGAGAGACGAGAAGCAGAAGUCUCUGAGUGUGUCGGGUGUGAUCCUGCCGCCGCGCGUCAUCGUGGGCCAGAAGGGCCGCAUCACCAUCAGCAUCGAGGGCCGCAGAGCCGACCGCGUGCAGACGGCCUGGUUCCUUAAUGACCUGCCCAUAGCAGACACCUCGGGCACAGGUCCUACCCACUCCGCUCGAGCCUCCCGCGUCUCCAUCAUGGCCUCUCCACCGUACAGUGGUCGCUUGUCUCGUGUGUCGGUGUCGUCGCUGGGUGAGAAGGGUCCUCUGCUGCCGCUGGUUGCCCCCGGUUACUACAAGCUCCAUACCCAGCAGCCUCUGCACUCCGUCUCCACGGGCAACAAGCAGAUGCUGUCCUCCGUCACCUUCAUGCCACACCUCACCCACCACAAGGGGGCGGUAUUCAAGUGCCAGGUGUCGUACAAGGGCAAGGACAAGGUGGUGGUGGAGCGGGUGUCAGACAAGUUCACCGUGAUGGCUCCCCCUCAGGUGUCUGAGAUUAAGAUGUCUGACUGUGGAGGAGACGCAGACACCACCAUGCUGACGGUGCAGGCGUCGCGGUUCCACCCGGACGUCAUCACGUUCCGCUGGUUCUGCGAGGGCGGUGAGCUGAGUCCGGUGGCCAUGCCCCCCGCGCUGGCGGCGCCGCGUCCCGAUUCGGAGGGCUUCUUCUCAGCCUCCAGCCAGUGCAGACUCCCCCGCGCAGAGCUGGAGAGGGGGGGGACCCGGGUCUGGGUCACCGUACACCACAUCGCACUCAAACAACCAAUCACACGCGAGACCAGAGGGUUCAUAAAGAAGCCCACCGUCUCGGAAAUCAGCGUGACCAAUGACGGCGCAGCGCCCGUGCUGAGCUGUGAUGUCACCGGGUUCUACCCACCUGAGCUGUCCGUCACCUGGCUACAGCUGAAGAGGACGGAGGAGAGGAGCGAAGACAUGGAGAGGAGGAAAGGAGAAGAGGAGGAGGACGAUGAUGAUGACGACGAUGAGGAGGACGAGGAGCGAGUUGAGGUCACCGAGGGAACGGAACUCUGGGGACCGUUGCUAACGGAGCCCAGAACAUUCCGCGCCACCGCUGUGCUGCAGGGGGCGGAGCCUGGGAGGUCAAAGGUCAAGGGGGAGGGGCCUAUCGAGGCGGUGGUUUGCAGAGUGGAUCACUGCUCACUACAGGCACCGGUGGAGAGACUGUGGAGGAGAGCACACACAGUGCCUCCCUCCAUCCCUGCGUCCCUCUCGGUGCGUUGGCGUGGUGAUGGUGUGGGCGUGUUCUCUGUGUCGGUGAGCGGUGGCAGCCGCGGCAGUGAGUUCCUGUGGGCAGCAGGGGGCGCCACCCUCACUCCCCUGAGCUCCUGUGAGGAGGACAGUAGAGGAGGAGGGGGGGUGAGGAGGGCCACUAGCAGCUGUCUAGUGAAGAGGAGCUCUGCAGAGCCGGAGCAGGACACCAACACACACACUAACGGGGUCAACGGGGUGAAUGGAGUCAAUGGACAUGCAUAUACGCCAAAGUCCAGCAUGCUGGCGUGUGAGGCGGAGGUGGCCUUCAUCGAUGAGGAUGAGGAUGAUGGAGUGAGGAGGCCGGAGCCCAAAACACACACAGAAGAGGAGAAGAAAGAGGAGGAGCAGAGAGACACAGAGACGGAGCUGGAUGAGGAGUUGGAUUUCUCGAGUCUCAACAUCGUUCGGCUGCCUGAUGACGACACACUCAGAGUCACCGUGGAGAUCACACACCCGGCUCUUAAUGCACCUGUGUACCGCACAUGGACAGAGACUAAUGGAGAUGUUCGCCUUUGAUUAAGGAGAGGAGAAGAGGAGAAUAGACACGGACACACAUGAAGAGGAGAAGAGGAGACUAGACACGGACAUACAUGAAGAGCUCUGUUCCAAAACGCUAUGAAGUCUAUUUACACUCAAUUUUCAUACAUCUUUUUUUUCUCCCCCUUUUAACUUGAUUUUGAGGUAACCUCAGGGCAAUUGGGACUGGGUUCAUGUAAUCUGAUGUUUUUGUCCCUAACCAGAUUCAAACUACAAAACUGUGAUUGUACUGGAUAUUAACUGAGAUGCACAAUAAAAGAGACAUACUUUUCUUUAA